AUGGCUGAUAAUUAUCUUACCGUUUUCAUGUAUCCAUGGUUUGCCAUGGGUCAUCUCAUCCCUUAUCUUCAUACAGCCAACAAACUUGCAGCCAGAGGCCAUAGAGUUUUCCUUGUUGUCCCUCCUAAAACAAUAUCCAAUUUGGAAAAAUCCAAUCUACAUCCGGACCUCAUCAAGUUGAUACCCCUCCCCCUUCCCCAUGUUGAAGGCCUCCCGCCUCACAUUGAAUCCAGCGCGGAAAUUCCUAUGCACUCGCAGCAUUUACUUCGGAAUGCUAUGGAUCUUACAGAACCCACAGUUGAAUCUUUAUUCCAAGAAAUCAAACCCCAUUUCACCUUCUUUGAUAUGAUGUGUUGGGUGCCCUUUUUGGCGCACCGUUUAGGCAUCAAAGCAAUUUUCUAUGUCCCUGUAAGCCCUGCAUCUGUGGGUUUCUUGUUAUCCGAAACAGCCUCGAUUGAGUCUCAUACGAACGGUCCUCCUGGUUUUCCUCCGUCGAUCAGGCUCUAUAAACAUGUCAUCAGCAGACUUGAGGUUUUUGACAAUGAAAAGGAAGUAGGCAGUGGGUUGACACUAAAGCAGCGGUUGAGGACCUCAAUUUGUGAGAGUGAUGCCAUUGGUUUCAAUACUUGUAGAGAAACUGAAGGCCCAUUUAUUGAAUAUAUUGAAAAUUACUUCAAGAAGCCAGUCUUACUUGCAGGGCCAGUUGUUCCUGAACUACCAUCUUCUUUUCUAGAGGAGAAGUGGGAAAGAUGGCUUGACAAAUUCAGACCCAAAAGCGUGAUUUACUGUGCAUUUGGGAGUGAAGCCAUACUUCAAAAGGAUCAAUUUCAAGAAUUGGUGUUGGGUUUUGAACGCUCAGGUCAUCCCUUUUUUGCCGCACUGAAACCACCCGUUGGGUCGGAGACAGUGGAAGAAGCCUUACCUGAGGGAUUCAAAGAGAGAACUCAAGGAAAAGGGGUGGUGCAUGGAGGUUGGGUUCAACAGCAACUUAUCUUAAAACACCCUUCUGUGGGGUGUUUUGUUACACAUGGUGGGUAUGGGUCUCUAUGGGAGGGUCUAGUGAGCGAGUGUCAAUUGGUGGUACUGCCCCAUAGAGGCGAACAUUACAUUCAGGCUAAUGUUCUUAGUGCACAUCUAAAAGUUGGCGUCGAAGUCCAGAAAGGAGACGAUGAUGGCUUGUUUACAAAGGAGGGCGUGAAUGAAGCCAUAAGGGCAGUGAUGGAAGUUGACAGUGAAACUGGGAACGAGGUGAAAAGAAACCAUGACAAAUUGAGAGAUAUCUUCUUGAGCAAAGGUUUUGAGGAUUCUUAUAUGGAUGGUUUUGUACAGAAAAUGAGAUCCCUGUUGGAAUAA